CAUUAUGUCGCCAAUGACGCUUUUACAAUUUAUGUCCAAUUUUGCAUGAUUUUUCAUAGAAAUCUGACAUCUGUUUGAACCAAUUUAUAAACAUGGGGAACGGUUGUAGUUCAGACGUUUCAGAAAAAGCCCCCAUAGCCCCCCUUGAACAGCUUCCUGCUCUGAAAAUAGCUAUAGUUGGUGACCCUGGGGUAGGCAAGACCAGUGUCCUGCUGAGAUACUUGAGGAACCAGUUUAGUCCUCUCUACAUUCCUACAAAGAAGGUUGCAAUAGAGAAUGUUGUGCGAAAGGUAAAUGUCCCAGCCCAUACUGUUGUGUCUCUGACGUUCUGGGACAUUCCUGGACGUGAAGACAUGGACAUACACAAAGCCUACUUCCGGAACCUCGAUGCAGCCAUUGUGGUUGUUGACCUGACCAACAAGGCAACAAUAGACAUGGCCAACGUGUGGCGUCAGACCGUGGUGAAUAAGUUGACCAAGACGGUGCCCAUUGAUGGGAACAACAACCCGGGGGAGCCCAUGGUAACAGAAGAGCCUGUUGAAGACCCAUUCAACUUUCCAGUGCUUCUUUUGGGGAACAAACUUGAUAUUAUUGAAUCAGAAAUCUAUGAAGGGAUUGUCAACAAGCAAGUUUCAGUGUCAGUAGAUGUUGAUGCAGAUGGAGUGUUGGAACUGAAACACCCACAAAUUGACCACCUUCAAGACGUAGCCCAAUCUCACCAUUUUAUUGGAUGUGUGACGGUAUCAGCCAAGCAGUCUGACAACUCUGUUGCCAUGGCGAUUCAAUCUCUUGUACGAAACAUUCUUGAAAAGCGAAACAUUCCUCGUAAAUGGCGCCCAGUAGUGGAGGAACCCAAGCCCCCCCAAAAUGACCAACCCUUCAUCUAUGACAAAUUGAAGAAAACCGACAUGGAGAAGAUUUUCAAAAUGUAUCACUACACGAAGUUCGACACCACUGGAAUCGAUAAGUAUGAUGAGAUAAUUGUGAAGGCUGACGAGUUUCUGAAGGAGACGAUGGUUCUCCGCCACUACUACACAGUGUCUCUGGCGCGGUUCAAACAUACAUGCCAGAGAGGGCGCAUUGUCGAAGAAACAAGGGAACCCAGCCUGGAAGAUUGCAUUACCGGAAUGAGAGCCUCUGUUGCCCAUGGGUCGUCCCUUAAGGUGGAGGAGGAUGAAGGAUUCUGUAAGCUUGAAGUCAUCCCUGAUGAUGAGGAACAGGAAGUGAAACAGUCUAAAUCCUGGAAACAGGCGUACAGGGUGUUCCAUAACGAGUAUGCAGCUGUAUCAAAAGCAAUACUCAGAGAUGGACCUAGCAUUUGCAUAGGCCUGGAGAAGUAUGACAAGGGAUUUGACAAAAUGUAUGCCAACUUCGCCUCCCAUCAAGCACCAACCAAUGAAAAGGCCAGAGACAAAAAUGAAGUGGACCCAGAGGAGGUUGCCAAUAAGAUUGUUCACAACAGGGCCAAGAUUCAACAUGCAAAACAGGAAAUGGAGGAAGCUAUGAAGGCCGUUGAGCAGGCUGCAAGAAAAAUUGCCAAUGUUGAACAUUGGUAGAGGGUUAACUUAGAUUGUAAGUUUUUAACAUUGGUGAAGGGUUGACUUAGGUUGCCAAUGUUGAGCAUUGGUAGAGGGUUAACAUACAUGGCCAGUGUUGAGCAGUGAAAUAGGGUUGAUAUAGAUUGCCAAUGUUGAACAUUGGUAGAGGGUUAACAUACAUUGCCAGUGUUGAGCAGUGAAAUAGGGUUGAUAUAGAUUGCCAAUGUUGAACAUUGGUAGAGGGUUAAACUUUAUUAUCAGCAUUAAGGAAAAUAAAAGACAAUUUUUGUAUGAAGUGAAAUAUCAUUUUGGUUUUAUUAUUUUAUCAAUUUAUGUAUAUUCUCAUGUCUAUUUUGUUUUGAAAAUGUAAUAUAUGUGCUAUGCUCAUUUUCAAUUGCAGAAAAAUGCUAAAGACAGAAUCAAAAGUUAAUGCCUUUGUUGAACAUUGAAGGAUUAUGAGCAUAAUAGUUGGUGUCUUUUAAUAUAGUGAGAUAUAACACUAUAAUAUAUCAUGAGUUUACGCAAUUCAUAUAUGUCUUUCUCAUUUAUAUCUAUAUAUGAAUUUUAAAAUAUCUAUUUAUAAAUUUUAAAAUAAUGUUAAAGUUAUGAAGUAUAAUAGUGUUGAUUUAUGACAAUCUUCUUAAUGUGAAUGCAAUUUAGUGUUUUUUUUUAAGUAUAUUUUUUCCGGAAUAAAUGUCUUUUUGUCUGCCUGUGCAUCCUGAAAAAUCUUUGAAUUUUUCAAUACUAAUUUCAGUGUUAUUGUCAGACACAAUCUAUGUUUUCAACUUAAUUAUAUAAAUUUUAUGACACUGUAAUUUGAAAAAUACAUAUUUUGAAGGACUUUAUUUUUGUAGAUCUCCUACUUAUAUUUUGCAUUUACAAAGAGUAGCAUUUGUUCUAAUAUUCUUACAUAAACUAUUUAAAACUUCUUGUUGCAUUUACCAUUGUGAUAUUACCUUUUAUAUGGAUUUCUGUUGCUGGUCUUUUGCAAUGUUAGCAUUGCAUUGCUGUGAAUAUGCAUUUGUAUGUACAUAUGCAAUUGUUAAAUAGAAGACUUAAAUAUAUUUGUAUAUAUUUGUUACAAAAUGACUUAUGCAAAUUCUUAAAUACCUGAACCAAGUUUUCUCUUUACCUUAUUCUUAUGCCUUUUUGUGAAAACUAUUCACUUUUUAUUUUAUUUUUUUUUAUUUAAGAAAUCUGCAUUCAUUUGAAAAAUUGGAAUACAUAAAGCAAUGUAAUAUUGAUAAAUGACAAUGUGAAAAUCUAUAUUUUUGAUAUCAUAAACUUUGUUUAGUAUACAUAUUAAUUCCAAAAUAAAUAUAUCUGUUACUUGAUUAACUUUGAAAUGACACUUAUAUAAAUAUGAUAGUAUAAACACUAAUAUAUUAACCCCGUUAGUGCAUGUUUUUUAUUGAUUCAUCCUUAUAUACAUCUAUAAUAUAGAUUUGCAUUCAUUGACUUUGAUGAGAAAUAAUUUAAUUUAAUUUUUUUGUUCAACAGCACCAAAUUGAACCAAAUUGAAUUAAACUUUAAUAAGUUGUGCACUGGUUAUGGUUAGGCUAGUUUGUAUAUUAAAAUCAAUUGUUUGGUUAAUAGUAUUUUUUUUAUAAAUAUUUACAACGGAACAGAUAUUGGCUAAUAAAUGUUUUAAUUUAGCCAUUCAGGAAUAGUUGUUAUUUGGUAAACAAAGAUCAACGGUUACUUAUUUAUUAAUGUACAUAGGAUAUUUCUUUUUUACUUCAUUCAACUAUUCUGUAUAACUUUUGUUUUGACUAUGUACCUUUCUAAUCCAUUUGGGAUUACACGAAUGUACUGUAUGUAUGGUAUGCAAUGUGUCUUAUAGUUUCAUGUAUCAAUGGAACACUAUUUGAAUUCCAUCUUUGAAAGCAGCGCAGCAUAUAACUGAUAUACACUAUUUAAAGCGUCAACUUGUACCUUAUUGAAGAGUUUUUGCCUUAUGCAUUAAAACUCUUAUCAGACCGACAGUAAGUAACAGCUAAUUACAACGAUAUUUCUGUAUAUCAAUGAAACUUCUUGAACGAUCAGACAGACAAUAUCGUACAAAAUGCUCAAGCUACUAGAUCCAACCCCCUGAUGAGUCAAAUUAUACAUAACUCGUGCUUCAUGCUCGUUAUGUUUUUUUAUUACUCCGGUAGUGGGUGCAGUAACUAUAACAUAGUUCACUCAUACGCACAGGGUUCAGAAUGUAGAGAAAUCAGCUGUCUAUAUGCUUAUCAAAUAUUGCUCUCCCUGAGCCAUUUUCUGACCACUGCGCAAGAGUAAGUUCAAAAGUGGUUCUGCAAGAAUAUAUUCAGUUAUUUUCUAGUGUCUUGCCAUUACAUGCAUGUCUUGUUUUCCACAUUUACUCAUGUUUUGGAGCUGGACUUCACCUGUGAUAUGAUUUAAUUUUCUUACACUGUUAAAUAGUAUUUACAGAAUAAACAUUUCUACUAUACUCUAAAA